CAUUGAUUAUCUCUGGAUCCUCAGUACUGGCGAGAGCGGUGGUAAACAUGGCGUCGGAAGGGAUGAUUUUAACCAACCACGACCACCAAAUACGAGUUGGAAUUCUAACGGUGAGUGACAGCUGCUUCAGGAACCUGGCUGAGGACCGCAGUGGAGUAAACCUCAAAGAUCUGGUCCACGACCCAUCACUGCUUGGAGGCGUCAUAUCUUCCUACAAAAUAGUCCCAGAUGAGAUUGAUGAGAUUAAGGAGACAUUGGUGGACUGGUGUGAUGAGAAGGAGCUGAACCUGAUUCUGACCACCGGAGGAACAGGGUUCGCCCCCCGUGAUGUCACGCCCGAGGUACAUGGGGACCCCAAAGUUUGUGUUUGUGUCCAUGCCACCAAAGAGGUGAUAGAGCGCGAGGCUCCAGGGAUGGCCCUGGCUAUGCUGAUGGGCUCCCUUCAGGUCACACCUCUGGGCAUGCUCUCCAGGCCUGUCUGUGGAAUCAGAGGCAAAACCCUCAUCAUCAACCUACCUGGCAGCAAGAAGGGCUCACAGGAGUGUUUCCAGUUCAUCCUUCCAGCUCUGCCCCACGCCAUUGACCUGCUGAGGGAUGCAGUUGUGAAGGUGAAGGACAUCCAUGAGGCUCUGGAGGACCUGCCCUCACCCCCACCGCCCCUCUCCCCACCCCUCACCCUCAACAGCAUUGCCUGCACCCAGACAGAGGACAAGGGUGUGCAGUGUGAGGAUGAUUAUGAUGAUGAUGAUGAGGAUGAUGAGAAGAUGAAGGACAGAUGCUUGGUGUCCACCGAGGACCACCACGCCCACCACCACCACACCCACUCCCACGGACACAACUCACACAUCACCGCCGCCGCCAUCGCUGCCAAGAUCCCAGACAGCAUAAUCUCUAGGGGUGUGCAGGUUCUUCCCAGAGACACAACUUCUCUGAGCACCACGCCCUCCGAGUCGCCACGUGCCCAGGCCACCUCGCGCCUCUCCACUGCCUCCUGCCCCACACCCAAAGCCCGGCUCCCCUCCUGCUCAUCCACUUAUAGUGUCUCAGAGGUUCAGUCACGGUGUGGCAGCAAAGAGAACAUCCUGAGAGCUAGUCACAGUGCAGUGGACAUCACCAAGGUGGCUCGCCGGCACCGCAUGUCUCCCUUCCCCCUCACCUCCAUGGAUAAGGCCUUCAUCACUGUACUGGAGAUGACCCCUGUGCUCGGCACUGAGAUCAUCAACUACAGAGCUGUUCCACCUGACCCAGAUGCUCUCCAUUCCACCCUGUCUAUCGAUGGGAUGGGUCGAGUCUUAGCUCAGGACGUCUAUGCCAAAGACAACCUGCCUCCGUUCCCUGCAUCAGUCAAAGAUGGUUACGCCGUGCGAGCGGCCGACGGUCCUGGAGAUCGCUUCAUCAUUGGGGAGUCACAGGCAGGACAGCAGCCGACCCACACAGUGAUGCCGGGCCAGGUGAUGAGGGUGACAACGGGGGCUCCUGUCCCCUGUGGGGCGGAUGCUGUAGUGCAGGUGGAGGACACAGAGCUGCUUCGAGAGUCUGACGACGGCACAGAAGAGCUGGAGGUGCGGAUCUUGGUACAGGCACGCCCUGGACAGGACAUCAGGCCUAUAGGUCAUGAUAUAAAGCGUGGGGAAUGUGUCCUGUCCAAGGGUACCCACAUGGGCCCUUCUGAGAUUGGCCUGCUGGCCACCGUAGGAGUCACUGAGGUGGAGGUGCAGAAGUUCCCAGUGGUGGCUGUCAUGUCAACUGGCAACGAGCUGUUGAACCCAGAGGAUGACCUGCACCCAGGGAAGAUCAGGGACAGUAACAGAUCUACACUGCUGGCCACCAUUCAGGAACAUGGCUACCCUACCAUCAACUUGGGCAUUGUCGGAGACAACCCAGACGACCUCCUUAAUGCCCUGAACGAGGGGAUCAGCCGUGCUGACGUCAUCAUCACCUCAGGAGGUGUGUCCAUGGGAGAGAAGGACUAUCUGAAGCAGGUGCUUGACAUUGACCUCCACGCCCAGAUCCAUUUUGGACGCGUCUUUAUGAAGCCAGGACUCCCCACCACGUUCGCCACUGUGGACAUUGACGGGGCACGGAAACUGAUAUUUGCCCUACCAGGUAAUUUCACCUUCAGAGAUACAGGCGCCAUUUUCAUCGACCAUGUCCCCGACAGUGAGGCAAGCAGGGUGCCUGUGCCACCGCGCGGAAGUAACCCAGUGUCUGCGGUCGUCACCUGUAACCUCUUCGUCAUCCCUGCUCUAAGGAAGAUGCAGGGGAUCCUGGACCCUCGGCCCACCAUCAUCAAAGCCAGGCUUUCCUGUGAUGUAAAGUUGGACCCUCGUCCAGAGUACCACCGCUGCAUCCUGACAUGGCACCACCAGGAGCCUCUGCCAUGGGCACAGAGCACAGGAAAUCAGAUGAGUAGUCGACUGAUGAGCAUGAGGAGUGCCAACGGGCUGCUGAUGUUGCCUCCUAAAACAGAGCAAUACGUGGAGCUGCAUAAAGGAGAGGUUGUGGACGUGAUGGUCAUAGGACGACUAUGAUGAUGUCAUCUUACGGGGACAGAUAGAUAGACAGGGAGAGAAAGUGGUGCAUGUCCACAUAUCAUAACUAUUCUGUAAUAUGCAAUGGCACAGCUAGUUUUUGUUGAUUUGGAUAAUAAAGUUCAUCAAGUAUAAUUAACCAACAUCUCGAACACAAAGUAAAUGAAGUACAUACAUUGAUCAUGAAAUUUGAAAAAAAUAAGAGAUUUAUUCUGUAUUAUAUUAUUAUAAUUAUUUAUUAUUAAUAUUAUAUUGUCAUAUUAAGCAACUCUGUUUCUCUUUCAUCCUUGCAAUUGCUUUGUGUGUUCAACCCUAGACCUUAUAGAUAGAUAGCAGUAGCAUUUCAAUAACAAGCUGUAGGUGCUCAAAAAAAAUAAAAAAAAUAAAUGACUAUUUUCUUAUCUCACAAAAAAAUGACAGUAAAUACAUAUCUUCUUGUUGAACAACGGAAACCCUUUUGAGAUAAUGUCAGAAGUCCCUCUUGGGGGACGUCCUGAUUCUCCACCCUUCUCCUGAAGUGUACACUUGCACACUCCCCGUCAUUUUUAAAGGCAUUGGAUUGGUGAAGGUAGGCAUUGACUGGAGGGAGUUUCCACCAUUACUAGAUCCAUGCAGGAAUAGAGUGAAGAAUCAGGCUGUAGCCUUGGUGCUCUGUCUUAUUAGGAGUGUUUUCAGGGUCCUGAGGGUGCCUUUAGCUAUCUUUCCCCUCCCUUUAGUAUUCUUCUUCUCUUCUAUGCCUCAUUAUAUGGGCUUUAUAAUGCCUCAUAAUGGCUUCACACACAGCUUUGCUUGUUGUUUUUCUUGUGAGUCGUGUUUGUGUGCAGUUGCCAAAAGUGGUGGGUAUCUUGGGCCAAAAGUCAUAGGGUCAUCAUGAUGAGACCUGGGCCUGUAUUCAUAAAGUGGCUCGGAGUAGUGAUCUAGGACCAGGUCCCCCUGUCUAUAUAAUCUUAUUCAUUAUGAUAAACUGAUCCUAGAUCAGCACUCCUACUCCUUUAUGAUUACAGGCCUUGAAGGUAGAGAAAGGCAGCGAGUGGCCUGCCAGUGCCCCCUAGGCUGACUGUUUCCCCUAGCUUCCCCCCAGGCCCACUACUGUAGCUUCCCCUCCAGGCCCACAAGCUGCCCCCAGGCACCCUAGCUGCCCCCUAGCUACCCCCCCCCCCAGGCCCACUAACUUCCUUCCAGGCUGAUCGUUCCCCCUAGCCACCCCCAGGCCCACUAACUUCCUUCCAGGCUGAUCGUUCCCCCUAGCUACCCCCCAGGCCCACUAACUUCCUUCCAGGCUGAUCGUUCCCCCUAGCUACCGCCCCAGGCCCACUAACUUCCUUCCAGGCUGAUCGUUCCCCUAGCUACCCCCCCAGGCCCACUAACUUCCUUCCAGGCUGAUCGUUCCCCCUAGCUGCCCCACAGGCCCACUAACUUCUUCAUAGUCUGACCUGGUCCUGUAGUCCCACCCAGAGACGUGUAUUCUUCCACAUAUCUAAAUAUAUGCCUCUGGUCCAACCCUGUCCCCUGACCUUCUACUUUACCAACACGGCCUGUCUCCCUCCCACCCUCACCCCUCCAGGACUGCUCACCUCACACAUACUAGUACAGAUAUGUGAGGGAACUGGAGGAGGGAGGAAACUUAGUCUUUUAUUUGUUUAAUUUCAGAAGGAAGAAACAGCUUAUUUAAAGUGCUGACUGCCUUUUUAACAACUAUUCAAACAAUGUACAGAAAAAUACAUGAAUACAAAAGAGUGAUAUUGUACAGCAAUCCUGACUAAAUUAAUGAAGCAAUGGGGAGAUAUUGAACUCUGUACUAUAAACGUUUUCUGUAAUAUUGAUGAAACUAAUGAAAAAUUAAACAUCCUUGAUCAUUA